GAAGUGAAGCGGAUGUGACCAGUGAGUCUUACCUGGCAAUGUUUGUUUUUUGUCCUAUUCGCUGACUUGGCUUUUCACCCAAACCAGCUGCGUUGCCCGAGACCACUCCUGCCGCAACUUCUUCUCUUCCUGAACGGCCCAAGGAAAGCACCAUCUCCGAACCGCCGACUACCGCAGCUACCGAUGCUGCUGAAACUCAUGUCAAGCGUCCCCACGAGAGCACCCCGGCCGCGAUGGAAGAGGACCACAAGCCUCCCAAGAUCCCCAGGACCGAGGACGAGGCCCCGGCCGUGAAGCCUUCCGAGUCGAUUGUUCCUGGUACCACCAAGGCUGAAGUGCCUAGCGAGAAGAUCGGUGACGUGCAGCCUCAGAUUGUUCCUGGACUGGGCGCGGACCCCCGGGAUAACGUGUCGUCGGUGCUGGCUGUCCCCGGUCUCUCUUCUGUCGAUGACAAGGAUGCCCCAGCCGCGUCCUCGACUGCUGCGCCUACCAAGGCUACCGAGCCCCUGACUACGGAGAAGGCUGCAUCAACUGCCGCUCCCGUUUCCGACAGCAAGGUUGACACCGCCAAGGAGGUUGCGACCAGUGAAGCCCCCAAGACGCAGCAAGAACCCGUCGCCAGCACCAAGCCCUCGGAACCGGCCACCGUCCCCGAAACUGUCGCUCCUACCAGCACCGAUGCCGCGGCAGCAGCUACUGUCGACACCGCUGCCAAGGAUACUGAAAUUCCCGCAGCCUCGGUCACCGCCAAGGAGACGGAAACUGCUACGCCUGCCGCCGCGUCCACUAUCCAGGACAAGGCUCCCGUCGCCGAGGCGGCCGACAAGAAAGAGGCUGUCGCGCAGCCCGCCACGCAGCCCGCCGCUGCCGUCCAGAAGGAGACUUCUGACCUGAAGGAGUCGACGGGUGCCACUCAGGACAAGACUGCUACCGAGCCCAAGUCUCCUGCCGUUGCCGCUGCUGCUGCUGCUACUGCCGCGGCUAAGAAGCCCGAGGAGAAGAAGCCUGAGGAGACGAAGAAGCCCGAAGAGGCCAAGAAGGCAGAGGAGACUAAGAAACCCGCGGAGACCCAGAAGCCCGAAGAAAUCAAGAAGCCCGAGGAGGCCAAACUCCGGGAUUCUCAACCCGUUGAGGAGGCUCAGAAGGACGGUGCCGCCGGCGAGUCCAAGACGCAGGAAGGCAAGCAUCUUGCGGACAAGGCCAAGGAGACGGCCAAGUCGGAAGCCGACAAGGCCCAGGAAGCCGCCAAGAACGAGGCCGCGAAGGCCGAUAAGCGCAAGAGUGGCUUCUUUGGCUGGCUCAAGCGCAAGGUCAAGGGAGAGAAGGCCUAAAUGUUAUUUGAUUCUUAAUGUCCGAUUUCAUUGGUCUGACGGACUUGAUACAGACUGAGAAACAAGCCCUUAAUUGCUGAUACCCACAUGGCGGUUGGAUGGAACCAAAACUGAUUCAAAAAACCCCGAGAAAAAAAAGUUGAAAACCAAAGGAAAAACACGAGCAGGAAUGACCGAAGUGAACAAACUGUAUGAGAUCGGUUGUGUAUGAUAUGCGACGAGCGAUACCAAAAGCGACGGAAGGAUAUUGGGUAAUAUGGGAUGAUCGGCUUUCUGUUUCUGCGAGGUGUAAACCCUUGUUCAGCCCUUUUGUGAUUUCAAUUCCAAUUUCAUGUUCUUCAAUUGCCAGGAUUGUACGGAGUACUGUGUAGACUGUAGACUGUAGAGUCGUUGAAGAGUCUGUCUGUUUACUGUCGUGUACACUGAGUAUUCACCGCCAUUUCCUUGAUGUCGGCCGAUUAAGUAAGACCGCAACUCUUCUUCCGCUCUUCCCAGCCAUCAGUCUUCUCUCGCCGGCAUCGCACUCUAGCUCUCUACUCCGUUCUAGUCUCUACACCGGAGUAGUUUCUCGUCUCGACCUUGAUCGAACGAUGAGAUCAUGGCCUUCGUCACCGGCGAUCUGUCCCCUCUCUCCACUCGGACGCCCCACGAGGCAUUUGUUCUCGCCUGCCGUGGCUGAAACCGAUAUCCACUCGCUCCAUCCGAGCCAUCCAGCCAGGCCAAGCUUUCUCCAAGCUUUCCCCUGCCUGUGGCCCUGAUGCUGGCCCGGCGAUUCGCUUCCCAAUUUUAGGAAACCCCCUCAUCCCUCCUUCCUCGUAUCAGCAGUCGAGAUGGGCAAAUCCGCGUCGCUUGCGAGGGGCCCAUGCUGUUGCUGCUGACACCACGUUUCCAGGCUACCAGGAUGAUGACUGGCUCGGUUGACCGAUGGACGGACAGAAAUGCAAUGCGUUCAGCGUUCAUUCGACGGUCGUCGGGCCAGUGAGUGCCCCUCACAAGCGUUCCCCUCUUCUUCCCGGAUUGCCUGAGCUCAGGUCUCCCGGUCUUGUUUGCG